AUGCUGAUGUUCUUAGUGGGCUUAAUGCAUCCGUUAGAGAUGAUCCCUAAAAGGUCGAUCUUGGUCGUUAUCUUUAUACUGAUGACACUGUUGGGAACAUGUGAGGCUAGUAAAUGCCAAAAAUGGAAGAGGAGAAAAGGAGGCGCCUGCUACAAGGUUCAUUUUUUCUAUAUUUCUCGUUCGCAGUUAUGCUAUGAGCCAACGACAUUUAUCGAGGCUGAACGUCAGUGUCGACGUGCAAGAGGACAUCUCGCUUCUAUUCAUAAUGCCAAAGAGAUGCACUUUGUGUUUGAGAUGGGAAGGCAGUACCGUGUACUUGCAAAAAGAAAAGGUGAAAAAUACCCGCCCUGGUCAGUGUGGAUAGGAAUGGCAGAGAUUGACCACGUUUGGCAAUGGACCGACGACAGUGUGAUCGACUUUUUCGAGUGCCCUCAGUGUGAUUCACUCUCUUCGGACGAAGGACCAUAUUGUGCCUUUGUUCGUAAAUUUUCAGAUUACAAGGGGUUCUUCAAUGCUUUGGCAAAGCUCAUUCCUAUUCAUUUCAGAUAG